CAGUUGCAGUUAGAGUCAUUCAGGAGCCCCCAAGUCUUUCCCUAUUGGUGGGUGAGAAAUCGCUCAUGUCCUGUACUGUACAAGGUGCCCCGAGUGACUGGACCCUAUUUAAUAUUUACUGGAAACUGAAGGGAACAAACCCAAAUGGCUCAGCACUGAAUAAUACAGAUGUCACAUUGCAGAAUAAUUCCAGGAUCUUCAUUUCUGGUCUAAAGGGCCACUCCAGCUCCCUCAUCAUCUCCUCAGUGAGGCCCAAGGACAGUGGGACGUAUGUGUGUGAGGCUCUGAUAUUGAACAAAUCCAAACAGAUGAAUUACACAGGGACUGGGACCCUCCUCAUUAUUAACAAUGUGACCCCAGUAUUGCACCUGAGAGCAGAGACUGAGGGGCAGUUACUGGUGUGUGAGGCCCAGAGAUUUUACCCCCCGGAGCUGAACAUUUCCUGGAGCUUCUCAGCAGAGGAAAAUCCAGCUCAGGAGACCCUGAAUGAGAACCCGGAUGGGACCUACAACAAGACUUCCACCAUCAAUGUUACUGAGGAAUUGUGGGACACCCAUGUGAUCUGCCAAGUGCAACAUGUGACACUCCCCAUGCCCCUCCCACUGCGCCUGUAUCUCACCAGUAAGUAA